AUGGCUUUCAAGGGACGAGGGUCAGAGGGAGUCGUUGCUUGUCGCCAGAGGAGCCAGAUAACAACACAGACGGAAAAUAGACUAAUGAACGACACAGUGGCACCUCAACUCAAUGCAGGGCUUCAGCUGCCGCUGAUAUCGCCGGUCCCGGAAACAAGUCCACCGCUUAUACACACAACUCUAUCACCAUUACCUCUGUACUUUUCUCCAGAGCCUAUUCCUACUUUGAGCGACGCAUACGAAAGCAGCACCCUACCAGAUGCCUAUUUGACUGCUACCGCUUUGCCUACUGUCCCCUUUGAUUCCACUGGGGAGGAGAUAGACGAGCAUGACCCUCUAGCACCUGGAUAUUUCUUAUUUAGUUGGCGGAAAUCAGCUCGCCUUUCUAAUCGUGUCAAGUCUCGGACCUGGAACCUGUUAUCUCGGGUGUCGGAUUGGUUAUAUUCAUCCCUCACGAGCGGAAAGUACGCGCCACAUGAAGGCAAAGCGUCAAAAGAUGGAGCCGUCGAACAUAAUGGGCCUGUAUGGCAGUUUGCACGCCCCAUGGUUGAAGGCGAUCAGCAAAUAUUACAUGAUAUACCAGACUACGUUUAUGAGUACUCACCCUUGGUUCACCUAUACUCCGGCGAACAAUUCUGGCCAGGCGACAUUGGAGAACACUUGACGCACAUCACCCCGUAUUUAAACUAUACCCCUCUCAGAGCAGCAUCGGAACACCCGUUACUGGACGAUCUUGAUGAGCUGAAUAACUGGCAACAGGGCCGUUAUGUUUUUUUAACAAGCGACGAUAACGUGGAAUCCCGUCCAAAAUGGUUGCUGGGCAGGAAGAACAUUCCAGCUCCAAUAGACGAAAGUAAAGUGUCGGGUUAUUUCGGACGAAAGAGUAAAACAGGCGGUAGGAGCAGUGCACCAGCUGUCCUAAUCGUCAUCGACAAAGGAGACGGCAUCGUCGAUGCCUUUUGGUUUUAUUUCUAUAGCUAUAAUCUAGGAAACAUGGUGCUCAACGUCCGCUUUGGGAACCAUGUCGGAGACUGGGAACAUUCCCUCGUUCGAUUUCAUCAUGGCGAACCUAAAGCUAUUUUCUUGAGUGAACAUGCUGGUGGAGAAGCAUAUACUUACAACGCGGUGGAGAAAUCGGGCAAACGACCCGUUAUAUACUCUGCUACUGGUACCCAUGCCAUGUACGCCACGCCAGGUAUACAUGCCUACAUCCUACCUUGGGGCCUUCUCCGCGAUCGAACGGACACCGGGCCUCUCUGGGAUCCCGCCCUCAAUCUCCACGCAUACAUUUAUUCGGUUAAUAACGACACUCUUUAUCCAUCGAGUCGAACGCCCCAUGCCCCCACUGAAUGGUUCUCUUUUCGAGGCCAUUGGGGAGACAAAAUAUAUCCGUUGAGCGACGAUCGACAGUACAGGUUUGCCGGACAGUACCAUUAUGACCAAGGGUUCAAGCGUUUGGGGAGGAGGAAGGUGUGUCCCGGGCCGGAGGAAGGUGCUUGCAUUAUUAGAGACGAGAUCAUGGGGAAAGGAGGUCGAAAAGAUGUGAAGGCAGCGGGAGCGUGGAAUGCAGGAUUGAGUGAAGAUGACGAGGAAGAGGAUCUGAUCCAUGACUAG